AUGAUAGGUGUAUACGAUCUUCCACAAUAUUUACACAUUUUCACCAAGUGCUCUCUGUUCUUUGCUAUUUUGUUCAACACUUUCUUGGUCUACUUGAUUUUAACAAAAUCUCCAAGACAAUUGGGUGUUUAUAAAUAUUUGAUGGUAUUCAUAUCUAUUUUUGAGAUUUUAUAUUCACUUUUGGAAGUUACAUUAACUCCGAUUCAUUAUUCGUAUCGUUCAAGUGUAGUGGUUCUUAUAACUACAUCAGAUAAGCUAUUUAGUCGUGACAUUCUUCUCACUCUCAAUUCAUUUUACUGGGGAUUUUUUGGAUCAUCCUUGGCAAUUUUCGCAAUUCAUUUUGUUUAUCGAUAUCUGGUUAUCAGUGGAAAUGCAUUACUACAAACUUUUCAGUCAUGGAAACUAAUUCUAUGGUUGAUGAUUCCAUUAGUGAUUGGCUUUAUUUGGUCAUUAACUGGCAUAUUUUUGUGUGGACCUACAGAGGAGUUCACAGAGUUUAUGAGGAAUGAUGUUUGGGAAGUAUUCCAUGAAAAUAUUGAAGAAUUUGAGUAUCUAGGGGCGUUAAUGUAUGAAAAAAGUUGGGCAACGAAAAAUAUGAUUAUCUAUUGGAGUCCAAUUGCUGGAAUGACAAUUAUGUCACUGACUGUGCUUGCAUCUUUUUUAGUAAUUGUGAUAUGCGGAUACAAAUGUUAUCUUCGUAUAAAACUCCUUCUAAAGAAUGGUGGAACUUCAUCAGCCCGUUCUCAAGUUCUACAGACCCAACUUUUCAAUGCUCUUGCAAUUCAAACUUUAAUACCAAUUUUACUAUUACACACUCCUGUUGUACUAAAAUUUAGUUUUGCUAUUUUUGAUGCCGGACUAGGAGCGUAUUGCUUUGCCAUGUCCAUAACAAUCGCAUUGUAUCCUGCAAUUGAUCCCCUACCGAAUUUUUUCAUAAUAAGCCCUUAUCGGAAAGCUGCACUGGGAUGUUUCAAACUACGGAAGCGUCAAAUACAAACUGUCGAUCAAAAUCAUAUGAGAAGAAUGCCGAUUCGUAUUGUAAGAACUGUAUAA